CUGAUAAGAGGAUUAGGGUGGAAUUAGUGUCAUUCCUCCAUCGCCGCGAGGAAUAGAUUCAUAUCGAUUUUAAUCAGAAACUGGACAGAAAUCUGCAGAUGAAAGCAGACGGAGUGAAAGGUGGAGACGGGAGGAGCGGAGGACGCAGAGGAAGCCCGGAGGGACGUUUCACCUCCUGCUCCUGUCGGCGUUUUCCUUCCGGGGCUCUGCGCGUGAUGUUGGACCACCGGCGGUGAUCUAGGGACCUGGUGGAGCAGGUGGAGCAGGUGGAGCCGGGUCCCUGUGACCCGGCGAUGCUGGCGUCCUGGCGGGGGAACCUGUGAAGAGCAUGAAGGUGGACCUGCUGACCUGCCUGACCCUGGCCACCGCCAGCCUGGUUGCCAUGGCUACCGGAGGUCGCGGCUCUGGGCGCAGGAAGCACAAGGAGGUUUUCCUCGGGGAGAAGUUCAAGUUCGGAGGGCGCAUCGACUACAAGCUGAAGAGGCAGGACAGCACUAAGACGCUGCUGAUAAAGAGCGAGCAGCUGCUGAGGAUCGAGGAGCACGACUUCGCCAUGAGGCCGGGCUUCGGAGGCGCUGCGAUUCCUGUGGGCAUCGACGUGCAGGUGGAGAGCAUCGACAGCAUCUCAGAGGUCAACAUGGACUUCACCAUGACGCUGUACCUGCGCCACUACUGGAGGGACGAGCGGCUGGCCUUCCCCUCCCGCACCAAUCGCAGCAGGACCUUCGACUCGCGCCUGGUGAAGAAGAUCUGGGUCCCCGACGUCUUCUUCGUCCACUCCAAGCGCUCCUUCAUUCACGACACCACCACAGAGAACAUCAUGCUGAGGGUCUACCCCGACGGGAACAUCCUGUACAGCGUCAGGGUGACGGUGACGUCGCUGUGCUCGAUGGACUUCAGCAGCUUCCCUCUGGACACACAGAACUGCUCUCUGGAGCUGGAGAGCUACGCGUACAAUGAGAACGACCUGAUGCUCUACUGGAAGAACGGGAACGACUCUCUGAGGACGGAUGAGAUCGUCUUGUCCCAGUUCUUCAUCGAGCACUUCCAGGCCUCCAGUGGCCUCGCCUUCUACAGCAGCACAGGGUGGUACAACCGUCUCUUCAUCAACUUCAUCCUGCAGAGGCACAUCUUCUUCUUCAUGCUGCAGACCUACUUCCCCACCAUGCUGAUGGUGGUCCUGUCCUGGGUCUCCUUCUGGAUCGACCGGAGGGCCGUGCCCGCACGCGUCUCACUGGGUAUCACCACAGUGCUCACCAUGUCCACCAUCAUCACCGGAGUCUCCUCCUCCAUGCCUCAGGUGUCCUACGUGAAGGCGGUGGACAUCUACCUGUGGACCAGCUUCCUGUUUGUCUUCCUGUCCGUCAUUGAGUACGCGGCGGUUAAUUACUGCACCACCCUGGAGGAGAUGAGGAAGAUGAAGAGGGGGAAGAUUCCGUCCACCUUCAACGCCAGCCAGGCCAUGGCCUUCGACGGCUGUUUCCAUGACAACGAGGUGGAGCUGACCUCCGACCCCCUCGCGGCGCCGCCCGGGCCCCCGGAGGUCCGCGCCCCGGAGGGGACCCGCCUGCGCCGGCAGCGCUCGGUGCGCCAGAACGUGGACCUGUUCGUCAGCAACAGCUACCUGGUGGACUCGUACUCGCGCGUGGCCUUCCCUCUGUCCUACCUGCUCUUCAACACCAUCUACUGGAGCCUGUACACCUGAGCCGGCCCCAGAGCAUGCUGGGGGAUUCCCCGCGCGCGCACCUCGCCGCAUCGACUGCGAUCAGCCGCUCACGCACGCAGCGGGAACUCGGAGUUUAAUAAACUGUACAUGGGAUUGUUAUUUUAUACUCUAAUAUUUCACUGGUCAGCCGCAGAGAAAUACUACACAGUGACAUAUUCACAUACUCUAUGUUUUAUUUAAGGAAAAUAAAAGUUUCGAUUUAGCAACCUGCAAAUAUGUGACAAUAAAAAAGAUAUGACGGCUCUUUUACAAUCUUUAUAAGUCUAUUUAGACAUUUAUGUUAUGAUAAAAUAGUUGGAAUAUUCAAA